CAGCUCAGUCGCUCAGUCAGUCUCAGGCUGUCCGGCCAGGGUGGUUGGUGGCGAGGAUUCAGGCUCCGUCCCAACGAGGCCGUGGCCUGAGGCUCAGGGCCCCCCAGCCCCUCCCUCCCAGCCCAGCAGCGUCACCCCCCAGCCCCGAGCUGGACCGCACACCUUGGGACACGGUUUUCCACUUCCUAAGGACGAGCCCCAGACUGGAGGAGAGGUCGGAGGAGGUGGGCGUUGGGCUCUUUGCGAGGACCCCGGCGGCGGGCCCGGGGGAGGCGGCCGAGGCGGCGGCCGGGGGCGACAUGGCCGAGGAGCAGGACCUGUCGGAGGUGGAGCUAAGCCCCGUGGGCUCCGAGGAGCCCCGCUGCCUGUCCCCGGGGAGCGCUCCCCCGCUGGGGCCCGACGGCGGCGGCGGCGGUGGCGGCUCUGGCCUGCGAGCUAGCCCGGGGCCCGGCGAGCUGGGCAAGGUCAAAAAGGAGCAGCAGGACGGCGAGGCGGACGACGACAAGUUCCCGGUGUGCAUCCGCGAGGCCGUCAGCCAGGUGCUCAGCGGCUACGACUGGACGCUGGUGCCCAUGCCCGUGCGCGUCAACGGCGCCAGCAAGAGCAAGCCGCACGUGAAGCGGCCCAUGAACGCCUUCAUGGUGUGGGCGCAGGCGGCGCGCAGGAAGCUGGCGGACCAGUACCCGCACCUGCACAACGCCGAGCUCAGCAAGACGCUGGGCAAGCUCUGGAGGCUGCUGAAUGAGAGUGACAAGCGACCCUUCAUUGAGGAGGCCGAGCGGCUGCGAAUGCAGCACAAGAAGGACCACCCGGACUACAAGUACCAGCCCCGGCGGCGGAAGAACGGGAAGGCGGCCCAGGGGGAGGCCGAGUGCCCGGGUGGGGAGGCCGAGCAAGGAGGGGCUGCUGCCAUCCAGGCGCACUACAAGAGCGCCCACCUGGACCACCGGCACCCAGAAGAGGGCUCCCCCAUGUCCGACGGGAACCCCGAGCACCCCUCGGGCCAGAGCCAUGGCCCACCCACCCCUCCAACCACCCCAAAGACAGAGCUGCAGGCGGGCAAGGCAGACUCCAAGCGGGAUGGGCGCUCCCUGGGGGAGGGCGGGAAGCCUCACAUCGACUUCAGCAACAUGGACAUCGGUGAGAUCAGCCACGAGGUCAUGUCCAACAUGGAGACCUUUGAUGUGGCCGAGCUGGACCAAUACCUGCCGCCCAACGGGCACCCGGGCCACGUGGGUAGCUACUCGGCAGCCAGCUAUGGGCUGGGCAGCGCCCUGGCUGUGGCCAGUGGACACUCUGCCUGGAUCUCCAAGCCGCCGGGUGUGGCUCUGCCCACAGUCUCGCCUCCUGGCGUGGAUGCCAAAGCCCAGGUGAAGACAGAGACCGCAGGCCCCCAGGGGCCCCCGCACUACACCGACCAGCCGUCCACCUCACAGAUCGCCUACACCUCCCUCAGUCUGCCGCACUAUGGCUCCGCCUUCCCCUCCAUCUCCCGCCCCCAGUUUGACUACUCUGACCAUCAGCCCUCGGGACCCUAUUACGGCCACUCGAGCCAGGCCUCUGGCCUCUACUCGGCCUUUUCCUACAUGGGGCCCUCUCAGCGGCCCCUCUACACGGCCAUCUCUGACCCCAGCCCCUCAGGGCCCCAGUCCCACAGCCCCACACACUGGGAGCAGCCGGUAUAUACGACGCUGUCCCGGCCCUAAAGGGAGUCCUGUCACCGCCAGCCCCAUCCCCCAGCCUUGUGUCCUGUUCCUCGCUGUCCAUCUCAGCCUGACGGCGGCAGGGGAGGAGGCUCCAGAGGCUGACAGCAGAGGGGCAGCGUUCUGCCAGCUCCCUGCCCUGAUGACCCACUGCCCGAUCCAAGUUCCAGAGGCCCAGCCCUGGCUGACAGCUGGGCGGAGGAGAAGGAGGGUGAUGGCUGCCCCUCCCCCAGAGAUGACCCUCUAUCCCAAGGCCUAGGAAGGACCCGCUUGAUCCUCGGGGAGGGAAGCAACAUCCGGGCUUGGGUGGGCAUCGGAGGUCUUGCCACUUCUGUUGCCCGCCCCCCCAUGGGGAGCACGGGUCUGGUGGGCCCCAGUGCCUAAGAGCUGUGGCACCCAGGGACUUGCAUCAGAGCCUGGAGCUGCCUGUGUCGCUCAGGUGCUGGAGACAGCUCUGAGCACCCCCUGGGAGGGGCUCGGGGGAGCUCUCAGCCCUUCUAGGCCCCUCCCCUCCUGAAUGCAGGAAGACACGGGCACACAGGCCCCCAGCCCCAGUUCUGCGCCAAUAACCUCAUUGUCUGUCUGAGGUGAGCCUCCGGCGCCCCGUCCUCACUCCUACACCUUAAGGCAGCCCAGCUGAGGAGGCAGGGGGGCUCCAGGAAAGGAUUCAGAGACAGUUUGCAGAGCCUUUCUCCUGGGGCUCCGGGCCAGUGUCCCUCUCCUCACUCGACUCUGCCAGGGCCACCUCCCUGCUCCAGAGCUCAAGCUGCAAACUAUGCAGGCCCAAGUCCUUGGCUCCAGGAGGAGAUGUGGGGCCCAGCGCCCAGGCUGCGGGCAGCAGCUCAAGACACUAAGAUCCUGCCGUGUACAUUCCACCCUUGCCUUCCGCCCCUUGCGUCCCAGUGAUAUCCGAAUAAAGUAUGUAGCUCUUAUCUGCCCCCACUCUCCUGUUCUCCUGUGGCCCCACCGUCCACAUGUAACGCAUUACUGUCCCCCCUUAUUUAUCUCAGUAGCCCCCUUUCCCCUCCCUGUCCUCGCUGCUCCAGCCCCUAUUAACUCUGCAUUAAGCCUCCAAGUAAUAAAAUUAAAGGUUCCGGUUACCUGUG